AUGGGUAAGAGCCUCCGCAGCUUCGCGCGUGCCACGACCGUCGUGCAAGGAGCAUGCGCUGGUUUUGCUGGUAACUUUUUCCUGGAAUCUGUGUUGCUGAAUUAUCAAAUAGCUGCCCUGUACUCAGUGUUUGUUUUGGUUUACAGCUGAAAAAAAGAUGUCUGCAACGGAGGACGACACUGAGUUGCGGGAUCUUUUGAUCCAAACCUUAGAAAACAAUGGGGUGUUGAAUAAACUAAAGGUAAGUAGGUACAGAACAUGUAAAGCCAUAUGUCGAAAGACUGAGAAUGUUGCUGUAACAGAGCUAACGUUACCAUUUCGCAAUAAUAGCUACCUAGCUAGCACAUCGUUAAUGUUAGCUGGCUAUCUGGCCCGCAGUGAAGUACCCGGGUACUGUCAUGAGAUCUAGUGAGAUAGCUAGCUAGCAUCUAACUUUGGAUAACCAACUGCUAGCCAGUUAGCUAACUCAUUUUACAAGCAUGCAUAUUUAGGUACUUAGUUACCUAGCUAGUGUAUAGCUAACUAGUUCAGACCAGUUUUUGAGGCCCUCUUGCUUUGGCCAACACUCUCUUUUGGGCUUCUGGUAUUUUGCAGGCAGAAAUGCGCGCUGCUGUCUUCCUGGCCAUGGAUGAACAAGAUAAAGUGGAGGUAAGAUGGAUAACUAGCUGACUUGGGAGGAUAUUAAAUCAAUCCUGAUAGUUUAGGGCUACUUAUUGCUUCUCUUUAGUAAUGACUUUCAUUUUAUGGACAUGUCUGAAGCAUAUGAUUUAGCUACCUACAGUUGAAGUCGGAAGUUUACAUACACUUAGGUCAUUAAAACUCGUUUUUCAACCACUCCACAAAUUUCUUGUUAACAAACUAUAGUUUUGGGAAGUCGGUUAGACAUCUACUUUGUGCAUGACACAAGUAAUUUUUCCAACAAUUGUUUACAGACCGAUUAUUUCACUUAUAAUUCACUAUCACAAUUCCAGUGGGUCAGAAGUUUACAUACACUAAAUUGACUGUGCCUUUAAACAGCUUGGAAAAUUCCAGAAAAUGAUGUCAUGGCUUUAGAAGCUUCUGAUAGGCUAAUUGACAUCAUUUGAGUCAAUUGGAGGUAUACCUGUGGAUGUAUUUCAAGGCCUACCUUCAAACUCAGUGCCUCUUUGCUUGACAUCAUGGGAAAAUCAAAAGAAAUCAGCCAAGACCUCAGAAAAACAAUUGUAGACCUCCACAAGUCUGGUUCAUCACAUUUACAUUUUACAUUUUAGUCAUUUAGCAGACGCUCUUAACCAGAGCGACUUACAGGAGCAAUUAGGGUUAAGUGCCUUGCUCAAGGGCACAUUAACGUCAUUUAGCAGACGCUCUUAGCCAGAGCGACUCACAAAUUGGUGCGUUCACCCUAUAGCCAGUGGGAUAACCACUUUACAAUUUGGGGGGGGGGGGGGGGUUAGAAGGAAUACUUUAUCCUAUAGCUAACUCAUUUGGGAGCAAUUUCCAAACGCCUGAAGGUACCACUUUCCUCUGUACAAACAAUAGUAUACAAGUUUAAACACCAUGGGACCACACAGCCGUCAUACCGCUCAGGAAGGAGACGUGUUCUGUCUCCUAGAGAUGAACAUACUUUGGUGCGAAAAGUGCAAAUCAAUCCCAGAACAACAGCAAAGGACCUUGUGAAGAUGCUGGAGGAAACAGGUACAAAAGUAUCUAUAUCCACAAUAAAAACAAGUCCUAAAUCGACAUAACCUGAAAGGCCUCUCAGCAAGGAAGAAGCCACUGCUCCAAAACCGCCAUAAAAAAGCCAGACUACGGUUUGCAACUGCACAUGGGGACAAAGAUCGUACUUUUUGGAGAAAUGUCCUCUGGUAUGAAAAAUGUAUGCACUCACUAAAUGUAAGUCGCUCUGGAUAAGAGCAUCUGCUAAAUGACUAAAAUGUAAAUGUCUGAUGAAACAAAAAUAGAACUGUUUGACCACAAUGACCAUCGUUAUGUUUGGAGGAAAAAGGGGGUAGGCUUGCAAGACGAAGAACACUAUCCCAACCGUGAAGCACGGGGGUGGCAGCAUCAUGCUGUUGGGGUGCUUUGCUGCAGGAGGGACUGGUGCACUUCACAAAAUAGAUGGCAUCAUGAGGAAGGAAAAAUAUCUGGAUAUAUUGAAGCAACAUCUCAAGACAUCCGUCAGAAAGUUAAAGCUUGGUCGCAAAUGGGUCUUCCAAAUGGACAAUGACCCCAAGCAUACUUCCAAAGUUGUGGCAAAAUGGCUUAAGGACAACAAAGUCAAGGUAUUGGAGUGGCCAUCACAAAGCCCUGUCCUCAAUCCUAUAGAAAAUGUGUGGGCAGAACUGAAAAAGUGUGUGCGAGCAAGGAGGCCUACAAACAAACUCAGUUACAUCAGCUCUGUCAGGAGGAAUGGGCCAAAAUUCACCCAACUUAUUGUGGGAAUCUUGUGGAAGGCUACCCGAACCGUUUGACCCAAGUUAAACAAUUUAAAGGCAAUGCUACCAAAUACUAAUUGAGUGUAUGUAAACUUCUGACCCACUGGGAAUGUGAUUAAAGAAAUAAAAGCUGAAAUAAAUAAUUCUCUCUACUAUUAUUCUGACAUUUCACAUUCUUAAAAUAAAGUGGUGAUCCUAACUGACCUAAAACAGGGAAUUUGUACUAGUAUUAAAUGUCAGGAAUUGUGAAAAACUGAGUUGAAAUUUAUUUGGCUAAGGUGUAUGUAAACUUCUGACUUCAACUGUACAUCUGCAUAACCUCUGCUUCCACUCUCAUUCACUUUCCCCCAGAAUAAAACUCCACUUGUCAAUGAAAACUUGAAGAAAUGUCUUAAUACACAGGAUGGUAAGCCAUGGUUGUAUUAUCCACCAUGAUUGUCUGAACAAUAGUCUGCUCAUCCCAUAAUCAACAUACCUUUCAUGAUGAGGCUGAUCAUAUCCUUCCCUUUGUAGGACGCCUGGUGACCAGCCUUAUCAUAGACUUCCUGCAGGUGUUCCACCUAGACUUCACGCUUGCUGUCUUCCAGCCAGAGAUAAACUCAGUGAGUGUGUUACUCCCAGUGGACGGGGCUGGCCCGCAUUUGGUCAAAUAAAAUACUUGGAAAUGUCAGUGCUGUAUUCACCAUAUUGUGUGUGUGUUAUCCUCAGCUAAAUGGCCUGGAUAGCCGUGAGCAGGUGUCUCGUGAGCUGGGUAUCACUGAGGCCGAUAUGAAUAGGAACACUCCUCUGCUGCUGGAGCUCGUCAAGAGAGGCAGACACAGGGAGAAGACCUCCAUCUUCUCAGAGGUAAAGACACACCAUUGCACAGGGUUUGCCAUUUUACAUACAUUUAGUCAUUCACAUACAAUAGUGUAUUCCUUUGCUCUCCAAAGAGCCUCUGACAUUAGCAGUUGUCCAAACCCGAAGCCUCCCUGAUUUGAUUAUGCUCUUGAAUGGCUACCCUUCACCUCCUUUUAAAAGUGUUUUCAAAUCAAAUGUUAUUUGUCACAUACACGUGUUUAGCAGAUGUUAUUGCAGGUGUAGCGAAACGCUUGUGCUUCUAGCUCCGACAGUGCAGUAAUAUCUAACAAGUAAUGUCUAACAAUUUCACAACAUAUACCCAAUACACACAAAUCUAGUAAGGAAUGGAAUUUUAAGAAUAUAUACAUACAGUGGGGGAAAAAAGUAUUUAGUCAGCCACCAAUUGUGCAAGUUCUCCCACUUAAAAAGAUGAGAGAGGCCUGUAAUUUUCAUCAUAGGUACACGUCAACUAUGACAGACCAAAUGAGAAAAAAAAUUCCUGAAAAUCACAUUGUAGGAUUUUUAAUGAAUUUAUUUGCAAAUUAUGGUGGAAAAUAAGUAUUUGGUCAAUAACAAAAGUUUCUCAAUAUUUUGUUAUAUACACUUUGUUGGCAAUGACACAGGUCAAAUGUUUUCACAAGGUUUUCACACACUGUUGCUGGUAUUUUGGCCCAUUCCUCCAUGCAGAUCUCCUCUAGAGCAGUGAUGUUUGGGGCUGUCGCUGGGCAACACGUACUUUCAACUCCCUCCAAAGAUUUUCUAUGGGGUUGAGAUCUGGAAACUGGCUAGGCCACUCCAGGACCUUGAAAUGCUUCUUACGAAGCUACUCCUUCGUUGCCCGGGUGGUGUGUUUGGGAUCAUUGUCAUGCUGAAAUUCCCAGCCACGUUUCAUCUUCAAUGCCCUUGCUGAUGGAAGGAGGUUUUCACUCAAAAUCUCACGAUACAUGGCCCCAUUCAUUCUUUCCUUUACACGGAUCAGUCGUCCUGGUCCCUUUGCAGAAAAACAGCCACAAAGCAUGAUGUUUCCACCCCCAUGCUUCACAGUAGGUAUGGUGUUCUUUGGAUGCAACUCAGCAUUAUUUGUCCUCCAAACACGACGAGUUGAGUUUUUACCAAAAAGUUAUAUUUUGGUUUCAUCUGACCAUAUGACAUUCUCCCAAUCCUCUUCUAGAUCAUCCAAAUGCACUCUAGCAAACUUCAGACGGGCCUGGACAUGUACUGGCUUAAGCAGGGGGACUCGUCUGGCACUGCAGGAUUUGAGUCCCUGGCGGCGUAGUGUGGUACUGAUGGUAGGCUUUGUUACUUUGGUCCCAGCUCUCUGCAGGUCAUUCACUAGGUCCCCCCGUGUGGUUCUGGGAUUUUUGCUCACCGUUCUUGUGAUCAUUUUGACCCCACGGGGUGAGAUCUUGCGUGGAGCCCCAGAUCGAGGGAGAUUAUCAGUGGUCUUGUAUGUCUUCCAUUUCCUAAUAAUUGCUCCCAGAGUUGAUUUCUUCAAACCAAACUGCUUACCUAUUGCAGAUGCAGUCUUCCCAGCCUGGUGCAGGUCUACAAUUUUGUUUCUGGUGUCCAUUGACAGCUCUUUGGUCUUGGCCAUAGUGGAGUUUGGAGUGUGACUGUUUGAGGUUGUGGACAGGUGUCUUUUAUACUGAUAACAAGUUCAAACAGGUGCCAUUAAUACAGGUAACGAGUGGAGGACAGAGGAGCCUGUUAAAGAAGUUGUUACAGGUCUGUGAGAGCCAGAAAUCUUGCUUGUUUGUAGGUGACCAAAUACUUAUUUUCCACCAUAAUUUGCAAAUAAAUUCAUUAAAAAUCCUACAAUGUGAUUUUCUGGAAUUUUUUUCUCUCAAUUUGUCUGUCAUAGUUGACGUGUACCUAUGAUGAAAAUUACAGGCCUCUCUCAUCUUUUUAAGUGGGAGAACUUGCACAAUUGGUUGGCUGACUAAAUACUUUCCCCCCCACUGUAUAUGGACAAGCAAUGACAGAGCGGCAUGGACUAAGAUACAGUAGAAUAUUAUAGAAUACAGUAUAUACAUAUGAGAUGAGUAGUGCAAGAUAUGUAAACAUUAUUAAAGUGACUAGUGUUCCAUUUCUUAAAGUAGCCAGUGAUUUCAAUAGGCAGCAGCAGCCUCUAAUGUGCUAGUGAUGGCUAUUUACCAGUCUGAUGGCCUUGAGAUGGAAGCUGUUUUUCAUUCUCUCGGUCCCAGCUUUGAUGCACCUGUACUGACCUCGCCUUCUGGAUGAUAGUGGGGUGAACAGGCAGUGGCUCGGGUGGUUGAUGUCCUUGAUGAUCUUUUUGGCCUUCCUGUGACAUCGGGUGCUGUAUGUGUCUUGGAGGGCGGGUUGCCCCCGGUAAUGCGUUCGGCAGAACGCACCACCCUCUGGAGAGCCCUGCAGUUGCAGGCGGUGCAGUUGCCGUUCCAGGUGGUGAUACAGCCCAACAGGAUGCUCUCAAUUGUGCAUCUGUAAAAGUUUGUGAGGGUUUUAGGUUCCAGCUUAUGGUUAUAAUGGACAGCUUUCCUGCUCUCUACCCCCUCUGCUUUCGCUGCUCUGGCUGCUGUUAUCUGAUGUAAGGGGGGUAAAGCCACAAACAUCCCCAAGGUAGUGAAUUUUAUGAUCUUCAUUCGUCUACCUUCUCACUCGCCCACUCACUAGGGUACAUUUACAUCUACGUUUACAUCAAACAUUUUAGCGGUCCCCCUCUUGACAGCGGAGAUAAAACAUUUUAGUUUUGGUGUUCAUUUCCUGCAAUUCUACAUAUUUUGCCAUGGGGUGUAGAGAAAAUGUUGCCGUUUAAAACAAGUUUGCUGCAAUUCUACACAUUUUGCCAAAGGGUGGAGAGAAAUGUUUUUAAUAUGAUAUGAGUGAGAGUGAUUAACAAAAUCAAUGGGGGGCCCCCGGUCGGAAAUUCGACCAUGAUUACUAGACUAAUUUACCAAUGUAAAAAAUGUUAGCUGACAUGGGCUAAUUGAGUGACUGACAUAACAAGAGAAACUGCUGAUGCACAACCAAAUUUAGAAAUUGCACCUUGUGUAUCCUAUUAUUCUAACUCUCAACAGUAAAUUGAGACCCAGACUGAGUUCCUAUUUGAUCCACCGGCCUACAAAAGGGGGGCGGCCCAUGGGCCACCAGUUGCCCAUCACUGGCCUACAACAUGAACACAUAGAUGUAAUCCUUCAUACAACAACAUUUAGGCUGUUUGUCAAUAGACUUGAGCUGCCGGAGAGAAAAGGAACUCCGUAUAUCUUAUGAUUGUCAUUGACUACCAAAUUCUAAAAUUAUCUGGGUCAUAAGAAUGCAUUGUUCCAUAAAUGUAAAGGUACCCAGAUGAAUGAAAGAAAAUGGUUUUCCUGUUGAUCAGUGAGUUUCUGACAUAACAAGUUUGUCCUACUUUCUUAGUCAUGUUUCAUACUCUGCUCAAAUCAGCAGAAUGAGUUCACGUGGCUAGUCUAGCAUGCUCAUACAUACUGAGAACUCUGUGGGCCACAAAGGUGCACAUGAAGAACUAGCAUAUAACACCACAAAGGACAUUUUGAAUCAGGUUAUGUAGAUUUGAAUCUCAAGUUCAUGUUUGUUUUACCCAAGAGGAUUCUACUUUAAAGAGCAACUGCCUUUAAAAGCAACAAAUCCCUUUUAAAACGACUUAUGUGGCAUCUAUAUGAGUCAGAAAUGUAUUCCAGUGUCAAAAUGGACUACAAAGUGUAAAUAGGACAAUUUUGAUCAUAAAGUCAGUCUUGUCUAAAACUGAGUUUGGAACAUCCGUAAGUCACAAUGGGUAAAUGAAGGUUGGGUUUUGAUUUGACGAUUUACAUUUGCCCACUAACAUGGGGUGAACAGCCGCGGUGAUUGCUCUCUAUCCAAUUGCACAUAUAAUAUAAUAUGCCAUUUAGCAGAUGCUUUUAUCCAAAGCAACUUACAGUCAUGUGUGCAUACAUUUUUUUACGUAUGGGUGGUCCCGGGGAUCGAACCCACUACCCUGGCGUUACAAGUGCCAUGCUCUACCAAUUGAGCUACAGAGGACCACAUAGACAGUGAGACAGACCUGCCCAGCAGCCCGACUUUAUUUACAUAAGUCAACAAGUCACAAUGUUUUUCUUGAGAAGUACUGCACCAAACACCUUAGUUAAAUGUACAACUAAAACAUCCUCUGCAAAAACGUCAACAUUUAUUACAGAUUUCUUGAGUUAUCUUAGUUAUUCUGGGGAUUUUUAAGUGAAAUAGGCUACAGUGUCUCAUGGGGGAAAAACAUAAUUAACCAAAUGCGGAAUUGGUUAGGAAACACAACUCCAGAACUGAAAUUAACAGUAAGUAACAGUAAAACACACGUGCCAAUCGGCGUGUUCAGUGGCUCUUUAAAUGUAGAGAGAUUGCUUGGUCUGAUAUUAAUGUUCUUCCUUUUUGUCAUUGUAGGAACUAUCCCCCAGGCAAUUAGCAGACACUCAGAAGAAGUUUGACAAUUAUGACAAGGUGAUCAUUCUAAGUGAAAAAUAUUUUUAAGCCAUGUCUUACAAUGUAGGUGUGCUCAAUUUCGAUCAACCUCAUACAGGCUCCAUUGCCGUAGAUUGCCUGUCUUGUGGAAGUGUUUAAAUGUCCAAGGUUCUUCCAAGAUCCUGACUCUUACUGUGUUUCAACUAUCCGCUUCACAGGACAGAACUGGUGGGAUAUGCAAAGAGGAUUUGAAGGCUCUGUUUGGAGAUGUCUUUCCCAACUUCAACAAGUAUGUUUGGGCCAUGUCAUUCAAGCAACAUGACAAAACACAGAGUGCUGCAUUCUUGGACCAAUAUUAAACCAAAAAGCAUGCAUUUCCAUUGAAAAUGCUUUGUCAUUCAGGAAUAGACGUGGUCUGGGGAAACCUGCCCUGAUUGCAACGCUAGUACUACAAUGCUACUUGUGGUCAGAAUCCACAGUUCAUCCAGUUUUCCUUAAAGGUGCACUAUGCAGAAAUCGCUCUGCCAUAAGUUACAUAUUGCAGCUUUAACACAACAAGUCGUUGUCUGUGUGUCCAAUAACAGGAACAUGCUGGAGAGGUUCGUCACUGAUGAACUCCGAGCCGGAGACAAAGCCUCCAGUAAAUGUAAGUGUUCUGUAGACUGACACGAAGUGAUGUAUUGUUAAUGAAUGGUUGCUAUAAUUACAAGCAUGGCAACACAAAGCUGAGGGAAACGUCGUCAUCUAAUGCUUUGUCUCUGUGUUUCUGUAGCUAGUGACUUCCAGGAGUUUCUGGGCUUGUACAAGCGCUUCUUCAAUCAGUGUCAAAGUGUGGUAAGACACUUUUACUAUUCAGUUUUUGAUCAAAUCAUAGAUUGAACUUUGUAUGAACCGUUCCUUUCUGUGAGACAACACAUUGUCAUAAGAGUCCUUCCCUUACAGAUCACCCAUGACACCAGUGAUGUCAUUCACAAUCCCAGUCAAUUUGUUGAGGAGAAGAUGAGCCCUUCACCUGCUAGUAAGGUACGUUGGCUCUAUUCAAACUAUAGUGCACUGCAUGUUCUAGUGCUGUAGUUCUGUCUAUAAAAUAGUUUCUCAUAACAUAACUAUUGUCUUACUUAGUUAAUAUUGCGUUCCUUUAAUACCUGUUUGCGAACAGCUUACUUGCGAAUCAAUACAUUUCUACAGAACUUGCCCUGAAGUAACAUGAACUCAUAACAAGAGACCUAGCUUUGUAUUUCCGGGAUGGGAACAUAGGGUAUAAAUGACAUGGACAUUUAAUAGAAUGUUGAUUGUUAAAACAAAGCCUCUGUUUUUUUACGCUUUCUUUCAAAAGGAUGAAGAGGUCAGUAGACUAAACUGUAUUUGAUUCUCCCUAAAUGUUAGCCUCCUUUUAGGGCCCAGUACCCAACAUGUUAGUGAGGCAGCAAAUGUAUGAGGAGGCUGAUAGCGGUGUUCUCAUACACAGAUCCCCAGGUUUAAAGGACAUAAGCACAGUGCACAGGAGGAGGAGAAGGCUGACACCAAGGUAAACUGCAAGACGGGGAACAGGGUUGUGUUCAUUAGGCACCAAAACAGAAUAGAAUGUUCCAAAAGGGGGAGGGACUAGCUGGACAUGUCCAAUAAGCAACACUAGUUUUCGUUUGGUUUGCCCUAAUGAACACAACCCUGGUGUACAAUAGGCUCAUACCAACGUAUCCAGGGGGAAUUUCUCUCAACACUGGCUGGAGUGCGCUUUUAACCAAUCAGCAUUCAGGAUUAGACCCAUCCGUUGUAUAAUUGGUAUGGUGUGACCACUAGCACUUAACAACUAAAGUCAACUGCUUCUUAACUGGGCUCUAACUACUGAGAUACAGCCUCUAAAAUGUGUUUUAUCACCCAAAUCUGAUUCUAAUGAAUUAUGAGUGUUGACAGUUUUGAUUGAAAAUCUCUUGACUGUGUUGUGUGCAUGUAUUUUACUAAUGGCUCAACUUCACUGUCCUAAUGGUUGAUAAAGACUAACAUAGCUGAUGGGUUAGUUCUCAACAUUUCCUCUAGCUAAUAUUUCAGUGCCACAACUAACUCUCCCUGUCGCUUCAAGUCUUCUUACCAUUUGCAAAUAAAUGCUAGCUAACCCACUCAAAUAAACAGAAGCAACUUUAAACUUGUGUUUUUGUGUUAUGUUUGUUGUCUUGUUCCUGUAUGUACCACACAGGGCGAGGAGAUCAGCCACAGUGACACCAGCCUGAACUUCGGCUCUCUAAAGGGCAAAGGUCAGGGUCACGUGAUGUCGAGGUACAGCGAGGCGUCCGGGGACAAUGGCAACGCCCCCGUGGCGAGCCUGAAGAAGGGUCUCCAGGUAGAGGAGGAAGCAGAUGAGGGUGACUCGUUCUUUGACGACCCUCUGCCUAAACCACAGAAAACCUAUGGCUGGUGAGGACGCUUUGACCAUCGGGGGGGGGUGGGGUGUGUCUUGACUAACACAGGCUUUCUUUCUAGGUCCCUUACAUUAAAGAGAUGGAGAAUGUAGCCUAUGUGAUCCUCUAUUGAACAGGAGUGCUGCUCCAUGAUCCAUCACAUAAGUAAUGCAUUAGUGAUAAAUGUAUAACAUGGAUGUUAUUAAUAUUAGCAUAGAAAUUGAUCAUGACAAAUGUUGCCACCGUAUAUCUAAGAAUCUUAAAAUGCAGGGGCGUUAAUUAACUCUGAGGGGUUAGGUCUAUGUGGAAAAAGUGGAGAAGUUUGGCACUGUCGCGGCUCUGCUCACUGAAUGUUGUCUCUCUCCUCUGUAAUGCUGCGUAUGGAAGCAGUAGUGUCCCCCUGACUAAGAGUAAUUCAGGGGCCAGUCUGUCUGACAAGAGAAACAGUCAGAAAGAGUAAGUAUGUCUUCACUGUAAACUCAAUGAGUUAGUAGUUGGAAAAGCAGGGCUGUGUUCACUAGGGAACACCGUAACAAAUAAUUUUGCAACGGAUAACAAAAUCACACAGGUAUUCCCUCCCUGUUUCAGUCAGUUUUCUUCCGUUUGGUGCCUAAUGAACACAACCCUGUUCUAUCUAUAGAAGGUCAUCUGAAAGAGAUAUCAGUGUUGGGUUAGUAUUCUGUGCUCUUGUUGAAAGUACAAAGGAGGUGUUUGUUAAGAUGACUAAAGACCCUCAGAAACAUGGACCUGUGUGACCUAGGUCUAAGUUGUGUGGUAGAUGGUGGGUGGUUUGGUUUCACACAGGAGCACUGUGCUGUCUUGAUCUGCUCUGCUGCUGCGCCGUGACCUUGUUCUUCCACUGUAGUUUCUCCUGUCUGCCCUGCUUCCCUCUGUCUCCUCCCUUCUUUCUUUCUGUUUAUCUGUGUGUGUCCCUUCCCUCUGUCCCCAAGCAGCUUCGUCCACUCUUUGAGGGAGGAGAGCCUCUCAGGGCGCUCCUUUAGCCCAAUAAGGAGGGGCACUAGCCUCAAUGAGUGAGUGUGCAUGGUGUUGGUGUGUCACUCCUCCAUUCGCUAAGUCAGUUGUGCACCUCUGAGUGAUGAGGUGUGAAAAAUCACGUCUCUACUGUAAUUAAUGUUGUUUUGUAACGUUUGCUGUCAGCUUUGGAAUCAAUAGCCUGUCCUUUAACAUCCAAUAUGGAGGUUAUGGACUUGUACUUUUCCCUUUUUUUUCUCUGCAUGUGUGUGUGUGUAUUUUCGUGUGUGUGUGUAUUUUCGUGUAUGUGUGUAUUUCUGUGUGUGUGUGUGUUGUGUGAGUGUUCUUCCUUAACUGCUCUCCUUUGUGUGUCCUGUGUGUGUCCUGUCUGUCUCUCCUCUCUCUCUCUGGGCUCAGCCUGUCUGCUCUGGGCAGUGACACAAAGGGUGACGGGGACCAGCUCUUUUCUGACUAUGAUAAUAAACUGAGCUGCUCGGGGAACAGGUGAGCUGCAGGCUCAAGGCAGGCAUCUCUCUCUCUCUCUCUCUCUCUCUCUCUCUCGCUCGCUCUGUCGCUCUGUCGCUCUGUCUCUCGCUCUGUCUCUCGCUCUGUCUCUCGCUCUGUCUCUGUCUGUCGCUCUGUCUCUCUCUCUGUGCACACUCUCCUUCUUUAUAUCAAAUACCUGUCUCCUCUACCUUAGUGAAUGGCUCCUCUACCUUAGUGAAUGUGUGUUAUUGUUGACUGUGUGUGUCCUCCAGACUGAGGCCUUGCCUCUUCUGUUCAUCCCCCAGGAGAGCAGCAGAUUUGGGCAGGGGAGCGGGCAGCAGCUCCCUGGCCUCCCAGAGGAGUGUUGCAGGUGUGGGGUCCCACUCAGGAGAAGCCCACCACAGAGACCUCUCAGGUAGCAGGAACGGUGAGGGAAGUGUGUGUAAGGAAGAUAUACUGAGUGUAUAAAACAUUAGGAACACCUUGCUAAUAUUGAGUUGCACUCCAAAACAUUAGGAACACCUUCCUAAUAUUGAGUUGCACUCCAAAACAUUAGGAACACCUUGCUAAUAUUGAGUUGCACUCCAAAACAUUAGGAACACCUUCCUAAUAUUGAGUUGCACUCCAAAACAUUAGGAACACCUUCCUAAUAUUGAGUUGCAAUCCAAAACAUUAGGAACACCUUGCUAAUAUUGAAUUACACCCCCUUUUGCCCUCAGAACAGUAUCAAUUUGGGGCAUGGACUCUACAAGGUGUCAAAAGCAUUCAUUUACAUUUACAUUUACGUCAUUUAGCAGACGCUCUUAUCCAGAGCGACUUACAAAUUGGUGCAUUCACCCUAUAGCCAGUGGGAUAACCACUUUACAAUGUGUUUAUUUAUUUGUUUUUUUGGGGGGGGGGGGGGUAGAAGGAUUACUUUAUCCUAUCCCAGGUAUUCCUUAAAGAGGUGGGGUUUCAAAUGUCUCCGGAAGGUGGUGAGUGACUCCGCUGUUCUGGCGUCGUGAGGGAGCUUGUUCCACCAUUGGGGUGCCAGAGCAGCGAACAGUUUUGACUGGGCUGAGCGGAACUAUGCUUCCGCAGAGGAAGGGGAGCCAGCAGGCCAGAGGUGGAUGAACGCAAUGCCCUCGUUUUGGGUGUAGGGACUGAUCAGAGCCUGAAGGUACGGAGGUGCCGUUCCCCUCACAGCUCCAUAGGCAAGCACCAUGGUCUUGUAACAGAUGCGAGCUUCAACUGGAAGCCAGUGGAGUGUGCGGAGGAGCGGGGUGACGUGAGAGAACUUGGGAAGGUUGAACACCAGACGGGCUGCGGCAUUCUGGAUGAGUUGUAGGGGUUUAAUGGCACAGGCAGGGAGCCAAGCCAACAGCGAGUUGCAGUAAUCCAGACGGGAGAUGACAAGUGCCUGGAUUAGGACCUGUGCCGCUUCCUGUGUAAGGUAGGGUCGUACUCUCCGAAUGUUGUAGAGCAUGAACCUACAGGAUCGGGUCACCGCCUUGAUGUUAGCGGAGAACGACAGGGUGUUGUCCAGGGUUACGCCAAGGCUCUUCGCACUCUGGGAGGAGGACACAACAGAGUUGUCAACCGUGAUGGCGAGAUCAUGGAACGGGCAGUCCUUCCCCGGGAGGAAGAGCAGCUCCGUCUUGCCAAGGUUCAGCUUGAGGUGGUGAUCCGUCAUCCAUACUGAUAUGUCUGCCAGACAUGCAGAGAUGCAAUUCACCACCUGGUUAUCAGAAGGGGGAAAGGAGAAGAUUAGUUGUGUAUCGUCAGCGUAGCAAUGAUAGGAGAGGCCAUGUGAGGAUAUGACGACAGCCAAGUGACUUGGUGUAUAGCGAGAAUAGGAGAGGGCCUAGAACUGAGCCCUGGGGGACACCAGUGGUGAGAGCACGUGGUGCGGAGACAGCUUCUCGCCACGCCACUUGGUAGGAGCGACCGGUCAGGUAGGACGCAAUCCAAGAGUGAGCCGCGCCGGAGAUGCCCAGCUCGGAGAGGGUGGAGAGGAGGAUCUGAUGGUUCACAGUAUCAAAGGCAGCAGACAGGUCUAGAAGGACAAGAGCAGAGGAGAGAGAGUUAGCUUUAGCAGUGCGGAGGGCCUCCGUGACACAGAGAAGAGCAGUCUCAGUUGAAUGACCAGUCCUGAAACCUGACUGGUUUGGAUCAAAGGUCAUUCUGAGAGAGAUAGCAAGAGAGUUAGCUAAAGACGGCACGCUCAAUAGUUUCGGAAAGAAAAGAAAGAAGGGAUACUGGUCUGUAGUUGUUGACAUCAGAGGGAUCGAGUGUUGGUUUUUUGAGAAGGGGUGCAACUCUCGCUCUCUUGAAGACGGAAGGGACAUAGCCAGCGGUCAAGGAUGAGUUGAUCAGCGAGGUGAGGUAGGGGAGAAGGUCACCGGAGAUGGUCUGGAGAAGAGAGGAGGGGAUAGGGUCAAGGGGAUGCUGGCCCUAGUUGACUCCAAUCCUUCCCACAGUUGAGUCAAGUUGGCGGGAUGUCCUUUGGGUGGUGGACCAUUGUUGAUACACACGGGAAACUGUUGAGCGUGAAAAACCCAGUGACAUCAAUAAGGGAUCAUAGCUUUCACCUAGUCAGUCUAUGUCAUGGAAAGAGCAAGUGUUCAUAAUGUUUUGUACACUGUGGUCAAAAGUUUUGAGAAUGACACAAGUGUUGGUCUUCACAAAGUUCGCUGCUUCAGUGUUAUGAGAUAUUUUUGUCAGAUGUUACUAUGGUAUACUGAAGUAUAAUUACAGUCAUUCCAUAAGUGUCAAAGGCUUUUAUUGACAAUUACAUUAAGUUUAUGCAAAGAGUCAAUAUUUGCAGUGUUGACCCUUCUUUUUCAAGACCUCUGCAAUCCGCCCUGGCAUGCUGUCAAUUAACUUCUGGACAACAUCCUGACUGAUGGCAGCCCAUUCUUGCAUAAUCAAUGCUUGGAGUUUGUCAGAAUUUGUGGGUGUUUGUUUGUCCACCUGCCUCUUGAGGAUCGACCACAAGUUCUCAAUGGGAUUAAGGUCUGGGGAGUUUCCUGGCAAUGGACCCAAAAUUUCGAUGUUUUGUUCAACGAGCCACUAAGUUAUGACUUUUGCCUUAUGGCAAGGUGUUCCAUCAUGCUGGAAAAUGCAUUGGUCAUCACCAAACUGGUCUUGGAUGGUUGGGAGAAGUUGCUCUUCGGAGGAUGUGUUGGUACCAUUCUUUAUUCAUGGCUGUGUUUUUAGGCAAAAUUGUGAGUGAGCCCACUCCCUUGGCUGAGAAGCAACCCCACACAUGAAUGGUCUCAGGAUGCUUUACUGUUGGCAUGACACAGGACUGAUGGUAGCGCCCCCCUUAUCUUCUCCGGACAAGGUGUUUUCCGGAUGCCCCAAACAAUCGGAAAGGGGAUUCAUCAGAGAGGAAAAACAUUUUUUAUUUUACCCCAGUCCUCAGCAGUCCAAUCCCUGUACCUUUCCUUGCAGGUAACCAUAGUUAACAGAGGACGAACAAUGAUUUCAAGCACCACCCUCCUUUUAAAGCUUCCAGUCUGUUAUUCUAACUCAAUCAGCAUGACAUAGUGAUCUCCAGCCUUGUCCUCAUCAACACUCUCACCUGUGUUAACGAGAGAAUUACUGACAUGAUGGCAGCUGGUCCUUUUCUGGCAGGGCUGAAAUGCAGUGGAAAUGUUUUUUGGGGAUUAAGUUCAUUUUCAUGGCAAAGAGGGACUUUGCAAUUAAUUGCAAUUCAUCUGAUCACUCUUCAUGUCAUUCUGGAGUAUAUGCAAAUUGCCAUCAUCAAAACUGAGGCAGCAGACUUUGUGAAAAUUAGUAUUUGUGUCAUUCUCAAAACCUUUGACCACGACUGUAUGCUGGAAUAGAGGACGCAACUUUAACAUCAGUAUGUGUAUGUGAACAGUAAAUGCUUGUAUUUAUUUAUUAUGUUUUUUCUGUCAAGCACUAUUACACUUCAUUGAUUUGAAUGGGUUUGUUAGGGGUUUGUUCAGGUUUUUUUCUCUUGCGAAUUAAUGCUUGAAUUCUUUCAGGUACUUCAAACUCCAAAGACAAAGGAUUCAAAGACUUUAAGACGAUGAAUGAUAAAACUGGAUCUUCCGUGCAGGGUAUGAUGUUAACCCAGUUCCAUGUUUAUUUCUUUAUUUUCUAUGAUGUUUUGGUGGGUUACUGUAAUACCCCGCCACAAGUGGCAGAAUCUAUAUUACAGUAAAUAAUACGGCUAAACUCCAAUGUACUAAUAGAUGGUAAACCAAUGUUCUUGAAGAGAGUGUAUAAGGAAGGUAUCAUGUUUAUUAAUGACAUUGUAAACAACAACGGUCAAAUUAUGUCACAUAAGCAAUUAAUCAGGGUGUAUGGAGAUGUAUGCUCAAUACAAAAUUAUAACCAACUCAUUGCAGCUCUGCCACAAAAAUGGAAGUGGCAAUUACUUAAAAGAGAAAGGAAUGAGCUAGUUUGUCUGACACCAAUAAAAAAUUAUAAAUGGCUUUAAAUGACCAAUAUUAAUCGUGAAAUGUGUCCAUUUCGCUUAGGGUCAAGAGGUUUGACACCUAUGCCGCAUAAAAUACAAGAUGGUUGGGAAGAGAUUUUCGAUGUCCCAAUACCAUGACAUGGGGUUUAUGAACUGAUAUAUGAAACAACAAUUGACACAUCAAUCCGUUAUUUUCAAUGUAAGCUAUUAUAUGAAAUUCUCGCUACAAAAAGAAUGCUCAGUAUAUGGGGCAAUGAACAGUCAGAGCGAUGCGGACUCUGCCAUGUUGAAACAUCUCUUUUGGUACUAUCCAUCGGUGGCUUGUUUUUGGAGUCAGGUCCAGGAAUGGUUGUUAUGCCAUAAUAUCAGGGUGUGGUUGGACCUGCAAACUGUAUUGUUGGGGGAUUUGAAGGACCACAGUCAGGCAAUAGGAAAUAUCAUUAUGCUCUCGGGUAAAAUGUUUAUUUUUGGGCCAAUUUGGACAGAACAUUUGCAGAUAGGAAGGUUCAAGGCCCUAGAGAGACACCACGGUAGAAUGGAUGAUGUAUUGCAGGUGGAAAUGGUAGAAUUAUGAUUUACUGGGAAAGGUGGGUUGAUCUGUGGCUGUCUGAAUGUUGGAAUGAAUGAGUGUUGGAAGAAAUACAUAGGCAUGGCAUGCACAGUAUAAGUGUUUGAGGUCCUCCAAUCGGGCGAGGGUGGGGAUGUGAUUAUUAUAUGUUUGGUGUUAUGGUUUCACAAUUUGAGCGGUGUGUGUGCUGGUCUUGGUGGUUAUGGGUGUACUCACUUCCAUGCCCGCCUGGGCGUCCGGCGGGGCUUGGUCCUUCCCGCCGUUGGAAAAUCCAUUUGGGGCCGGGGCUUCGCCCUGCCAGCGUCUCGGGGCGGGUGGGGGCAAGCACACCCACUGACCAGAGUACCCACUGAUGAGAGCAGCAAUUCAUAUUGUUGUUGUUUCAAUUUUUGUUUAAAAUACCCCACUGUUUUAACAGAUGAUGACGUUGACUAUGACGAUGACUUUAACAGGUAAUAUAGGGCAUUGUCCUGAGUCUUCACUAGAUCUCACUAGCAAUUUUUAGAUGGAGUUCAGUGCUCUUUCAGUUGUAUUCCUUAUCUGUACCAUGAUAGAUAUCAAUCUAAAGGGUUUCCUCUGUGUUUCUGGUUUACCACCAUCAGCCAUCGAUCAGAUAUCUCCAAGAGCGAGGUGAGCAUCGGAGAAGAGAUCGAGGAGGUUUCCAUCGAGGGACCUGACAACAGCGAUAAGGUGUGUGUGAAAGUAAGGGCAACGGGUAUUCAACCUACAGGUCUGUGUUCAGAUAGUGAGCAGCAGUGGUCUCCUCUAGUAGUCUAGACUCAGAAAUAGGAAGUUAUUUACUACACUUUGUUCAGGUUUAGUUGUAUGUAGAGAAAAUGAAAGCUAGUUGAAGACGUCGACUUGCAAAUGUCAGAGUGUUGUAGCAAAUUGUCUUUGUCCUCAGUCAAACACAAAUAGUUUUUUGUAGAAUUAAGAUAGACUUUAUUACAUGUGUAAUAGAGCAGAGGUGGGGUGCAGAGCAUCUUAUUGUCCACCUCCCAGCUCUGUUUUAUAUAGUCAUUUUACAUACAUUUUUAUCUUAACCCCUCCCUCUUGGGUUCCACCACCACUGUCUUCAGUUUCCCCUCUUGACCGCUCCACCUAAGCCUAAACCCUCUGUCCCAGCCUGUCACGCUAUAAUUUAAUCAGGAAGACACUCAAGAAGAGACAGAGUUCAGCCUGGUUUCAGUCACUGAUAAGAUAAUACAACCGAAGACAGGUCAGAUGACCAGAGAAUAAACACAUGAACCCAGUGAGAGAAACCAAUUACGUUCUUGCCGAGCAACAGAGAUGUAUCAAUGUUUAACCCUGGCUCUGUGUUUGAUGAUUAACCAUGUCUAUCCCAUAGUCCACUGAAAGAUCCUCAUCAUAUGGUUAAAAUCUAACAGAGCCAUUUCCUGGCUCUGUUUCACAAUUCCCUGAGCUAUUUCCUUGAUCUGUUUCAGGCCUCUUCUUAUCAUGUUUAUGAUGUAAUUAAGUAUGCUUACUAUGCUUAAAUGGAAAAUCCCCAUCAAGAGUAUCAAGCAAUUGGUGAAAUAAAUAUCCCAGUAGGGUGUGGGGAUAUGAAUCAAAAUGUUAUCAACAGUUUAUUCUCUUUGAGUACACUAUAUGACCAAAAGUAUGUGGACACCUGCUCGUCGAACAUGUAAUUCCAAAAUCAUGGGCAUUAUUAUGGAGUUGGUUCCCCCUUUGCUGCUUUAACAGCCUCCACUCUUCUGGGAAGGCUUUCCACUAGAUGUUGGAACGUUGCUGCGGGGACUUGCUUCCAUUCAGCCACAAGAGCAUUAGUGAGGUUGGGCACUGAUGUUGGUCGAUUAGGCCUGGCUCACAGUCAGCAUUCCAAUUCAUUUCAAAGGUGUUCCAUGGGGUUGAGGUCAGGGCUCUGUGCAGGCCAGUCAAGUUCUUCGACACCGAUCUCAACAAACCAUUUCUGUAUGGACCUCGCUUUGUGCACAGGGGCAUUGUCAUGCUGAAACAGGAAAGGACCUUCCCCAAACUGUUGCCACAAAGUCACUGAGCUCUUCAGUAAGGCCAUUCUACUGCCAAUUUUUGUCUAUGGACAUUUUAUGGCUGUGUGCUCGAUUUUAUACACCUGUCAGCAACGGGUGUGGCUGAAAUAGCCGAAUCCACAAGUUUGAAGAGGUGUCCACAUACAGUGCAUUCGGAAAGUAUUCAGACGCUUUACUUUUUACACAUUAUGUUACAGCCUUAUUCUAAAAUUGAUUAAAUAGUUUUUUCCCCUCUUCAAUCUACACACAAUAACCCAUAAUGACAAAGCAAAAACAGGUUUUUAGAAUUUUUUGCAAAUGUAUUAAAAAUAAAAAAAACUAUCACAUUUGCAUAAGUAUUCCGACCCUUUACUUAGUACUUUGUUGAAGCACCUUUGGCAGCGAUUACAGCCUCGAGUCUUGGGUAUCAUGCUACAAGCUUGGCACACCUGUGUUUGGGGAGUUUAUCCCAUUCUUCUCUGCAGAUCCUCUCAAGCUAUGUCAGGUUGGAUGGGGAGCGUUGCUGCACUGUCUUUUUCAGGUCUCUCCAGAGAUGUUUGAUCGGGUUAAAGUCCGGGCUCUGGCUGGGCCACUCAAGGACAUUCAGAGACUUGUCCCGAAGCCUCUCCUGCGCUGUCUUGGCUGUGUGCUUAAGGCUGUUGUCCUGUUGAAGGUGAACCUUCUCCCCAGUCUGAGGUCCUGAAUGCUCUGGAGCAGGUUUUCAUCAACAAUCUCGCUGUACUUUGCGCUGUUCAUCUUUCCCUCGAUCCUGACUAGUCUCCCAGUCCCUGCCGCUGAAAAACAUCCCCACAGCAUGAUGCUGCCACCACCAUGCUUCACCAUAAGGAUGGUGCCAGGUUUCCUCUAGACGUGACGCUUGGCAUUCAAGCACAGGAGUUAAAUAUUGGUUUCAUCAAAGCAGAGAAUCUUGUUUCCUUUAGGUGCCUUUUCGUAAACUCCAAGCGGGCUGUCAUGUACCUUUUUACUGAGGAGUGGCUUCUGUCUGGCCACUCUACCAUAAAGGCCUGAUUGGUGGAGUGCUGCAGAGAUGGUUGUCCUCCUGGAAGGUUCUCCCAUCUCCACAGAGGAACUCUGGAGCUUUGUCAGAGUGACCAUCGGGUUCUUGGUCACUUCCCUGACAAAGGCUCUUCUCCCCUGAUUGCUCAAUUUGGCCGGGCGGCCAGCUCUAGGAUGAGUCUUUUUUGGUACCCUUCCCCAGAUCUGUGCCUCGACACAAUCCUGUCUCAGAGCUCUACGGACAAUUCCUUCAACUUCAUGGCUUGGUUUUUGCUCUGACAUGCACUGUCAACUGUGGGACCUUAUAUAGAGAGGUGUGUGCCUUUCCAAAUCAUGUCCAAUCAAUUGAAUGUACCACAGGUGGACUCCAAUCAAGUUGUAGAAACAUCUCAAGGAUGAUCAAUGGAAACAUGAUGCUCCUGAGCUCAAUUUCGAGUCUCAUAGCAAAGGGUCUGAAUACUUAUGUAAAUAAGAUGUUUUUAUUUUGUUUGUAUACAUUUGUUAAAAUGUCUAAAUCUGUUUUCGCUUUGUCAUUAUGGGUUAUUGUGUGUAGAUUGAUAAGGAAAACAAAUAAUUUAAUCCAUUUUAGAAUAAAGCUGUAACAAUUUUUUUUGGGAAGAGUCAAGGGGUCUGAAUACUUUACGAAUACACUGUAUAUAAUUUGAAAACCUAGGUUAUUCAGCCAAUCAGUACUUUAGUGUGUGUGUGUGUGUGUAUGUAUGUUUAUGUGUAUAUACAGUGGGGAGAAAAAGUAUUUGAUACACUGCAGAUUUUGCAGGUUUUCCUACUUACAAAGCAUGUAGAGGUCUGUCAUUUUUAUCAUAGGUACACUUCAACUGUGAGAGACGGAAUCUAAAACAAAAAUCCAGAAAAUCACAUUUGUAUGAUUUUUAAGUAAUUCAUUUGCAUUUUAUUGCAUGACAUAAGUAUUUGAUACAUCAGAAAAGCAGAACUUAAUAUUUGGCACAGAAUCCUUUGUUUGCAAUUACAGAGAUCAUACGUUUCCUGUAGGUCUUGACCAGGUUUGCACACACUGCAGCAGGGAUUUUGGCCCACUCCUCCAUACAGACCUUCUCCAGAUCCUUCAGGUUUCGGGGCUGUCGCUGGGCAAUACGGACUUUCAGCUCCCUCCAAAGAUGUUCUAUUGGGUUCAGGUCUGGAUACUGGCUAGGCCACUCCAGUACCUUGAGAUGCUUCUUAAAGAGCCACUCCUUAGUUGCCCUGGCUGUGUGUUUCGGGUCGUUGUCAUGCUGGAAGACCCAGCCACGACCCAUCUUCAAUGCUCUUACUGAGGGAAGGAGGUUGUUGGCCAAGAUCUCGCGAUACAUGGCACCAUCCAUCCUCCCCUCAAUAUGGUGCAGUCGUCCUGUCCCCUUUGCAGAAAAGCAUCUCCAAAGAAUUAUGUUUCCACCUCCAUGCUUCACGGUUGGGAUGGUGUUCUUGGGGUUGUACUCAUCCUUCUUCUUCCUCCAAACACGGCGAGUGGAGUUUAGACCAAAAAGCUCUAUUUUUGUCUCAUCAGACCACAUUACCUUCUCCCAUUCCUCCUCUGGAUCAUCCAGAUGGUCAUUGGCAAACUUCAGAUGGGCCUGGACAUGCGCUGGCUUGAGCAGGGGGAACUUGCGUGCGCUGCAGGACUUUAAUCCAUGACGGCGUAGUGUGUUACUAAUGGUUUUCUUUGAGACUGUGGUCCCAGCUCUCUUCAGGUCAUUGAACAGGUCCUGCCGUGUAGUUCUGGGCUGAUCCCUCACCUUCCUCAUGAUCAUUGAUGCCCCACGAGGUGAGAUGUUGCAUGGAGUCCCAGACCGAGGGUGAUUGACCGUCAUCUUGAACUUCUUCCAUUUUCUAACAAUUGCACCAACAGUUGUUGCCUUCUCACCAAGCUGCUUGCCUAUUGUCCUGUAGCCCAUCCCAGCCUUGUGCAGGUCUACAAUUGUAUCCCUGAUGACCUUACACAGCUCUCUGGUCUUGGCCAUUGUGGAGAGGUUGGAGUCUGUUUGAUUGAGUGUGUGGACAGGUGUCUUUUAUACAGGUAACGAGUUCAAACAGGUGCAGUUAAUACAGGUAAUGAGUGGAGAACAGGAGGGCUUCUUAAAGAAAAACUAACAGGUCUGUGAGAGCCGGAAUUCUUACUGGUUGGUAGGUGAUCAAAUACAUUUACAAUUUAGUCAUUUUAGCAGACGCUCUUAUCCAGAGCGACUUACAGGAGCAAUCAGGGGUUAAGUGCCUUGCUCAAGGGCACAGACAGAUUUUUCACCUAGUCGACUCGGGGAUUAGAACCAGCGACCUUUCGGUUACUGGCACAACGCUCUUAACCACUAAGCGACCUGCCGCCCCAAAUACUUAUGUCAUGCAUUAAAAUGCAAAUUAAUUACUUAAAAAUCAUACAAUGUGAUUAGAUUCCGUCUCUCACAGUUGAAGUGUACCUAUGAUAAAAAUUACAGACCUCUACAUGCUUUGUAAGUAGGAAAACCUGCAAAAUCUGCAGUGUAUCAAAUACUUGUUCUCCUCACUGUAGGUUUGAAUAAACAUGUAGGGUGUCUUUGGUGGUAUUGGUAUAUUACCAUGUCUCUCACACACUAUCCCUUUCUUUUCUCCUCUCCCCCUCCAUCUAUCUAUCCCCCCCAUCAGUUUGAUGAGAUCACUCAGGACCUCAGUGUAUCUCAGCUCAGCCAGACUCAAGGAGCUGACUACAUGGAGGAGGUGGCAUGACAGUCCAUCAGCCUUACACCACACAGGACAUUUCUACUACGUUAACUACUAUUUAUGUUAUGUGUGUACCGGAGGAGGCUAGUGGGAGGAGCUAUGUGAGGAUGGGCUCGUUGUAAUGGGUGAAAUGGAAUCUUUGGAACCGAGUCAAACGUGAUUUCCAUAUGUUUGAUCUGUUUUGAUACCGUUCAGUUAAUUCCAUUCCAGUCAUUACAAUGUGCCCAUCCGCCUAUAGCUCUUCCCAACAGCCUCCUCUGGUGUGUACAUAAUUUGUGUACAUUUGUGUUCACGGACCUAAUAAAAUGACCACUGUUACCCAGAUUUUUCUUGAGGACUGUUUUUAUUGUGCUCCUUUUU